GCAGAAAUCUCCCACGCAGGCAUUGUUCAGGCCUCUCUCUAGGAAUCAUCUGGACUCUUUCUCUUUAACCCUUAAAGCGAAUCUGCCCCGGAAGCAAAAAGGGAGGAAAGCUGACCACCUUCUUCUCUCUCAAAAGCUCCAGACGAAAGAGCAGCGGGAGACCCUUGCUCCGGGCGAUUCUUGCAGAAACAGGAGCUCACCGGACGGAGAGUGGAUCUAUCCUGGGGGCGCCUUUCUCUCCACUAGCCGGUCUUUUCAAGCAUCCUCCUCAGUUGGCUGCGUUCCUUUAUCUGCUUUGCUGCUUCGCCUGGGUGCGGGUGCACUCAGUAGGAAAGACGGAGGCACAGGGCGUAGGAAGGAGUAACCUCCAUCGCAACAAGUUACCGGAAAGGAAGAAGGCUCUGGAUUGUGAAGUGAUGGAGAAGAGCAAGAAGUAGUACUUGGCCUCAGGGGCUGAUGGAUUUGAUGGAUCCAAUACUGAACUGUGAGAAGCAAAGAUUUUGUAGGUGAAUUUCAUACUUGGAAAAAGAAAAGAAAACUGCCCAAGUGACAAAGACGUCUUGGCUGUGUGAAAUUCACCAUUGGACCCUUGGAUCUUCUGGCAGUGUUGUGAGUUUUGUUUGAAGUCAAAGAGAAAAUGGAUUUGCAAAGCCCAGAAAGUGAAGAAUUAGGGAAGGGAGCAGAAAAAGGUUCUUCAGACAUCCGGUCUGGAACUGACAGGGAAUUCUGGAGACAAACUGUGCAGAAGAUGCUGGGUGAGGACACCACCAGCUCAGAUGUCCAGCAAUGGAGAUUUAGGCAGUUCUGCUAUCAGGAGGCUGCUGGACCUCGAGAGGUUUGCAGCCGAAUCCACCACCUUUGCCAUCAGUGGCUGCAGCCAGAGAGACACACAAAAGCACAGAUGCUGGACCUGGUGAUCCUGGAGCAGUUCCUGGCCAUCCUGCCCCCAGAGAUGGAGAGCUGGGUUAGAGAAUGCAGAGCGGAGACCAGUUCGCAGGCGGUGGCCCUGGCAGAAGGUUUCCUCCUGAGCCAGGCAGAGGCCAAUAGGCAGAAAAAGCAGCAAGUGAGAGAGCAUUUGAUCCAGGCUCAGAGAAUGUUAGUCAAAGCAGCUGCUGAUCUUCCAAAGGCACAGACGGCUCCAACAAACACUAGACAGAAGCCAUUGUUCAGGUGGAUUGUGCAGGAAGGCAGUGGAGGCAGGAGAAUGACACUGGCAGUGACUCAGAGCCGUUCUCCUCUUGCUGGUGGAGUGGAAAUGGUUGCUGCUGAUCAGGGUGUGGUGACCCUUGAGGAGGUGGCUGUGUGUUUCUCUGAGGAGGAGUGGGCUCUGCUGGAUCCAGGCCAAAGGGCUCUGCACAGGGAAGUCAUGGAAGAGAUUUCUGGGCAUCUGGCCUUGCUGGGUGACCAGAGGGGGAGCAAAAAAGGGGGUGCACCAUCACAAAGGAAAACUGGAGCAGAAAGUCAGAGGAAGGAGAAGGUCGCUUCUGAAGGGGAAGAUUCUCAUUCAGUUCCAAUCCAAGAAGAAAGUCCCUGGGGAAAGAAACGGAUUAAGAUCCCUCCACAUGGAAACAUCUUAACUAAUGAAUCGCAUCUUAGUUUACAUCAGAUAAUUCAUACAGGAGAGAAACCAUAUCAAUGCUCUGAGUGUGGGAAGAGUUUCAAUCAUUCCUUUAGCCUUACGAUCCAUCAAAGAGUCCACACUAGAGAGAAACCAUACACGUGCUCAGAAUGUGGAAAGAGCUUCAGUCACAACCAAGCCCUUACUUACCAUCAAAGAGUGCACACAGGAGAGAAACCACAUACAUGCUCAGAGUGUGGAAAGAGCUUCAGCCAGAUCUCAAAUCUUAUUUGUCAUCAAAGAAUCCACACUGGAGAGAAACCAUAUGCAUGUUCAGAGUGUGGCAAGAGCUUCCGUAAAAAGGAUGGGCUUGCUUCCCAUCAAAGAAUCCACACUGGAGAGAAACCAUAUGCAUGUUCAGAGUGUGGAAAGAGCUUCAGUCACAACCAAGCCCUUACUAUCCAUCAAAGAAUCCACACUAGAGAGAAACCAUACACGUGCUCAGAAUGUGGAAAGAGCUUCAGUCACAACCAAGCCCUUACUUACCAUCAAAGAGUGCACACAGGAGAGAAACCACAUAUAUGCUCAGAGUGUGGAAAGAGCUUCAGCCAGCUCUCAAAUCUUAUUUGUCAUCAAAGAAUUCACACUGGAGAGAAACCAUACACAUGUUCAGAAUGUGGAAAGAGUUUCCGUAAAAAGGAUGGGCUCGCUUCCCAUCAAAGAAUCCACACCGGAGAGAAACCAUACACAUGCUCUGAAUGUGGAAAGAGCUUCCGUAAAAAGGAUGGGCUUGCUUCCCAUCAAAGAAUCCACACUGGAGAGAAACCAUAUACAUGCUCAGUGUGUGGAAAGAGCUUCAAUCACAACUCAAGCUUUAAUGAUCACAAAAAUAUCCACAAAGAAGAAAAACCAUUUACCUGCUCAGUGUGUGGAAAGAGCUUCCGUUACAAGAGUAGCCUUACUUCCCAUCAAAGAAUCCACACAGGAGAGAAACCAUAUCAAUGCUCAGAAUGUGGAAAGAGCUUUAGCCAGAGUUCAAGUCUUAUUUACCACCAAAGAGUCCACACAGGAGAGAAACCAUAUCUGUGUUUGGAUUGUGGAAAGAGCUUCAGUCAGAAGAUAAGCCUUACAUGCCAUCAAAGAAUCCACACAGGAGAGAAACCAUAUCAGUGCUUGGAGUGUGGGAAGAGCUUCAGCCGCAUUGAUACCCUUCGUUCCCAUCGAAGAAUCCACACAGGAAUGAAGCCGUAUCAAUGCUUGGAGUGUGGAAGGAGCUUCAGUCAGAAGAUAAACUUUACUUGCCAUCAAAGACUCCACACAGGAAUGAAACCAUAUCAAUGCUUGGAGUGUGGCAAGAGUUUCAAUCAGAAGAUACACCUUACUUGCCAUCAAAGAGGUCACACAGGAGAGAAACCAUAUCAGUGUUUGGAGUGUGGAAAGAACUUCAUCCGCAUUGAAACCUUUAGUUCCCAUCAAAGAAUCCACACAGGAAUGAAACCAUAUCAAUGCUCGGAGUGCGGUAAGAGCUUCACUCAUAGUUCAACCUUUUAUUCCCAUCAAAGAGUCCACACAGGAGAGAAACCACAUCAAUGCUUGGAGUGUGGAAAGAGCUUCGGCCGCAUCAGUAACCUUAUUUGCCAUCAAAAACUCCAUGCAGAACAGUUGCCAUUUAACUGCUCAGAGUGCGGAAAGGGCUUCAGUCGGAACGAUAAGCUUAUUUGCCAUCAAAAACUCCACAGCGGAGAGAAACCGUUUACAUGUUCAGUGUGUGGGAAAGGCUUCACCCAGAGGUCAAGCCUUAGUGCCCAUCAAAGGAUCCACACAGGAGAGAAACCAUACCAAUGCUCAGUAUGCAGAAAGAGCUUCCGUUACAACCAUAACCUUACUUCCCAUCAGAGAGUCCACACAGGAGAGAAACCAUAUAUCUGCACAGAGUGUGGGAAGAGCUUCAGCCACAACAGAAGCCUUACUUGCCAUCAAAGAAUCCACACCGGAGAGAAGCCGUUUGAAUGCUCCAAGUGUGGGAAGUGCUUCAGCCAGAGAGUAAGCCUGAUUCGCCAUCAAGGAGUUCACAUGACGGCAUCCUCUGAAUCGCAGAAAUAUGUAGAAUGCAAAAAGAAUUUGGGAUGGAGCAAAGAUCUAGGGAUGGAUGGAUAAGUCUUCCAUUCAUUGGCUGCUUUGCACAAAAAUUGGUGAUUUCUUUCAUCUACGUGAAACUGCUGGGGAAGUCACCUAGGAGUUUGGCACUGAGUGUCACCAAUGCUCUAGUCACACAGAACUUCAAAGAUAGGCUCAUAGGCCUUAUACCAAGUCAGACCCUUGGCCCCUCUAGCUCAAUAUUGUCUACACCUUCAUCUUCAACCCUUCUGCAGAUGUUGGCCUACAACUCCCAUAAUCCCUGGCUAUUGGCCACUGUGGCCAGUGGCACACCUCGGUCAUUUUGGAGCCCAAACCUGAAGGACUUCAGAGGCCCCUCCCCCAUUGCAAGCCCCCUCCCCCUUAAUUUUUUAAAAUAGAAUCUGCAGCCGCUGCCCCGCAGCGCCAGUCUUUGCGAUUUCACAGCCAGGGGUGGGGAGUGAACCAAGCAGGCCUCCCUCGUGGUGGUGGUGGUGGUGGUGGGUGCAGCAGCUGGGGGACUGUCCGUCUGGGUGUGCCUGCACAGUGGGAGUGUCGAGCGUUGCAAGCCCAUAACGGGGAUGAAAUUACCAUUCUCCCACCUGCUUAUAGAAAAGAAACAAGAGUUUGUUUAAAGCAUGCCCUCAGCUCUUGCCUGUGGGCUUCUCAAAGGCAUCUGUUGGGCCGCUGUGUGAAACAGGAAGCUGGAUUGGAUGGGCCUUGGGCCUGAUCCAGCAGGGCUGUUCUUAUGUACAGAGGUGGGUAGCCAAGGUGGUGAGGGCUAUGGAAACAAGUCCUGUGGGGAAUGGUUGAAGGAUCUGAGAAUGUUUAGCCUGAAGAAGAGGAGAAUAAAGGGAGAGAUUUGAGCCAUCUUCUGAUAUCUGAUGGGUGGGUUCACACUUAAUGUUGCAUCUGAGAGUGGCACAAACUCCCAUAACCCCAGAAACAUGCCCUCUCCCAUCUCCACACCUGUGCCUGCUUCCUUUAUAGGAUAUGAGAUUCUGAGAUUGGCCGUGACUUCUGAACCCAGCCAUCUCAGCUUAUCCUAACUUACUUGCUCCUGGGAACCCAAGAUCUGAAACAUUAACUAAGAUGCAAGGUUAAUCUGCAGGGCAAAGGUGUUUAUUCCUAGUGCCCCUGAAGUUUCUCUGCCACCACCCAUUUCCUAAUGGCCUGUCCAUCAUGCAAGUGUAUGGCCGUUACGAGACAACGAAUAACAUCUGUGUGAAAUAUGCCAUUAAAGACCACCGUUCUUUGACGUCCAAAGGCAAUGUUUUACAAUUGUUAGUUUGUAAAAGAGGGUAUUUGUCUUUCUUGCCUCAUCUUGCAUAUUUUUUUCAUGUAAAAAGAUAGAAAACGGA